AUGUGUGGUAUUCUAGGCGUUGUUCUUGCGGACCAAAAAUUGAAUGUCGCUCCCGAACUUUUCGAGGGAGCCAUGUUCUUGCAACACAGAGGCCAAGAUGCCGCAGGUAUUGUUACCUGUGGCUCGCGUGGCCGUUUCUACCAGUGUAAAGGUAACGGCAUGGCCCGUGAUGUUUUCACCCAGGCCCGGAUGCUCAAUUUGGUGGGAAACAUGGGCAUCACCCACUUGAGAUACCCAACUGCCGGUUCUUCUGCUGGAAGUGAAGCUCAGCCGUUUUAUGUGAACUCACCAUACGGAAUUUCCAUGUCACAUAAUGGUAAUUUGGUCAAUUCCGUCGAGUUAAGACAGUACUUGGACGAAACCGUUCAUAGACACAUUAACACAGACUCCGACUCGGAACUUUUGCUCAAUGUGUUUGCUUCCGAAUUAGAUAAGUUCAACAAGUCCCGUGUCAACAACAACGAUGUUUUCACUGCUUUGGAAAAGACCAUGGGUAUUGUUCGUGGUGCUUAUGCUGUUGUUGCGAUGAUUGCAGGCUAUGGUAUGAUCGGAUUUAGAGAUCCAAAUGGAAUCAGACCGUUGUUGUUCGGUGAACGUGUAUUGGAAGACGGGAGAAUGGAUUACAUGCUUGCGUCUGAGUCUGUGGUUUUGAGUGCCCACGGGUACACCAACAUCAGAGAUUUGGGUCCUGGAGAAGCGGUCAUUGUGCCUAAAGACUGUUUUGAAACCGAAACACCACGUACCCCAGAGUUCAAGCAGGUUGUUGAACCAAAAACUUUCGCCCCCGACAUUUUUGAGUACGUCUACUUUGCCCGCCCAGACUCCGUCAUGGACGGUGUUUCUGUGUACCGGUCACGGAUUGAAAUGGGAAACCGUUUGGCAGCUAAGAUUAGAAAAAGCUUCCCUCACAGGGACGUUUUGGGCGAGAUCGAUGUGGUCAUUCCUGUUCCAGAUACUUCCCGUACUUCUGCGUUGCAAUGUUCUGUCUCAUUAAACGUGCCUUAUCGUGAGGGUUUUGUGAAGAACAGAUAUAUCGGACGUACUUUCAUCAUGCCUAACCAACAGGAAAGACGCCUGAGUGUUAGAAGAAAGUUGAAUGCUAUGGUUUCUGAGUUCAAGGGCCGCAAUGUGUUGUUGGUGGAUGAUUCUAUUGUGCGUGGUACCACAUCGAAAGAGAUUGUGGCCAUGGCCAGAGAAGCUGGAGCCAAAAAGGUCUUUUUUGCAUCAUGUGCUCCUCCAAUCAGAUUCAACCAUAUCUAUGGUAUUGAUUUGGCAGACACUAAGGCGCUUGUCGGUUUCAACAGAACAGAGAGCCAGAUUGCCGAGGUCAUUGGCGCUGACAAAGUAUUCUUCCAGGAUUUGGAAGAUUUAAUAGACUGUUGUACUGGUGGAAAUGCCAAAGAGUUUGAAGUGGGUGUCUUUACCGGAAAGUAUAUCACAGGAGUCGAAGACAACUACAUCCAAGAGUUGGAAAAGAUCCGUGCCCAAAACCAACGUAUCAAAGAAUAUGGAGCAAGAGGGAUGAGUGUGGAUGCAUGCAUUGAUGCUUCGGAUUUAAUUGAUGUUAAGGCCGAGCUGGACAUUUCCAUUUAUAACACAGGAGACUACCAGUGA